AUGCAUAUAAGAUGUGCGUAUUCGGGUGCAUCUGCUGUUGCGAUCGGAUUCUGCCGUAUAGACUUCAUCGUUUGUCUGCGUGGUUUUGCACAUGACACAUUUUGUAUUCGUGGCUACUUGUUCGAUCAUAUUCUUCGCACUUGCAUGCCAGCGGCUGAAUGUGGACGUUGGCAAGUGCCGUUGCUGGAUCGAAAGAUGAGUGAUGACAAAGUGUCGAGAUAUUCGCAUCCAAUCUGUGCCGGUGUUGAGGAUGGCUCGAAGAUAGCAAUUGGCCCUUGCUAUAAUCAGUAUAUCUUAUGCAAUGCGGGUUCAGUGUCAUACCGUCAUUGCGUUAAUAUUGAUGACGUUUUCUCACCAACUGUUGGUGUGUGCAUCCCCAAGUCGAAUAGUGGCGAAUGCGUGCGGGAUUCGACUGUUCAGUCUGAUGGUCGUACUCAAGUUAUUCACCGACAAGACCAGGACCGGAUUGAAAGCCAAACCGAGAAGCUUCAAGAACAAAUCAAUAAAGAUCAGAUAGCAAAUCAAGUGAACAGUGAUGAUCAUAAGCAAGAGAAAUUGGUUAUGCAAAGUCAACCAAUACUCUCACAGGAGACGGGUAACGGAUCCUCAUCGAGAAACCAGUUUUGUUUGGUACGUGAAGAUGGAUUAUAUAGACAUCCGAAGAACUGCGCUAAUAUCAUACAGUGUUUCGGUGGAGAGCAAUUCGAGUACGAGUCAUGUUCUCGUGGACUGGUGUUCAAUGAAGUGUCUGGUGGAUGCGAUUACAGAGCGAACGUACCGGAUUGUGCCAACUAUAGUGCUGCUACUGCCACUGCAGGGCCGUCAUCGGAUAACACUGCUACAGAAGGUAACAUUUUUGUGUUCUGUUUUGAAAUCACUCAAAUGGCAAAUUGCAAUCAAACGUCAUCAUAA